UUAUCAUGUAAAUUCACCUGAAAUAAUUUUGAAGAGCAUGCCCUUGGGUGUUUUCUUUUUUAGGUUUCACAGAGGAAGUGACAAACAAUAUGACCUACAAUGUUUGCAACACUCAAUUUGUCUGAGUCCGAGGACACCAAUCUAACCAGCGCAGAUACGCAAAUGCUUCUGGAACGGCACAGGCCCAUUAAAAUUGGCAUAAUAUCAGUUUUAGGAGCGAUGAUCACGUUAGGGAAUAUUGCAGUCAUUAUGGUGAUUUCUUCAUCGGUGUCCGGCUGGUCAAGGAACUCUCGAUACUUUUUACUCUCACUCACAGGUGCUGAUUCGGCGUUUGGACUGAUCAUCACGCCCUUGAAUCUGUGCGUCAGUCUGGCGAAAGACUACAGUGAAGGCCCAGACUCCCUCUGUCACAUUGUGGCUUUCUUCAACGCGACGAUUUAUUCGACUUGCAUGUACACACUGGCUACAAUAAGUCUAGAACGAUACAUAGCAGUGUUUUACCCAUUGAAGUACUCAUCACUGAUGACAAGGAGAAGAACGCUGUUUCUGAUCGCGUUUGCAUGGUGUUUUCCUCCAUUUUUACUUGUGCCCAUAUCAUUUCCUAACGGGAUAAUUGAGGUCCACUUUUCUACAGCGUCACUGGUUUGCAAUCCAUCGUACUCUACUAACGUUGUGUACACUCUAACGUUGACGUGCCUCAUCUUCUUUCCUUGUUCAAUCAUCAUGACUUGCGCAAACCUGCGCCUUUGGUUUGCUGCAAAGAGACAGCGGGUAAAGAUGCGGGCACAACACCUGGGUCGUCACAACAGACCCGACGUAGCCUCCAGGGUGCUUGUCCCUGUAAUGACCGUGUACUACACAUGUUGGACGCCGUGCAUGGCGGCAAUUAUCUAUAAUGCCAUCUCGGGCAACAGAGUUCCAGAGUGGAUGGAGUUUUUGGUGGUGUGGCUCCCAACCUCCAAUGGUUUCCUCAACUGCAUCUUCUACUUCUGGAUCAACCACAGCUUCCGUAGAAAGUUCUGCCUGCUCUUCCAGCGGCUGUGUCUCACAUUGUGCCCAGAUUUGGCCAAGGCCCUGGGCUGCACAGCCAGCUCAGAGCCUGUAGUCUGGGACAAUAACAACACCCUCCAGGAGCGCUGCUCCAGUGUGUCGUCAACCUGCACCCUGAUCACCCUGGCCAAUGACACCCCCUUCUGAGGGAUUAGGCUUCUCAUAGACAUGGUACUCACUCACAUUAUUCAAUGAUACAUCUGGUAAGUUUCAGCACCAAACACCUGAAGGACAUUUAGGAGAGCUGCUUGUAUUGAGAUCGUGGUAUCAGGUUAAAUUUGAAAACAAAGUGUGGCAAGGAGACAUGGGAGUGCUGUCAGGCCAUGGUGUGGUGUUUGACAGGGGCUUUGAAGCAUUUAUCUUCCUCACCAUCACUAUGCAGUUUGAGUUAGUUUGAAUAUUUCUUUGUAUUUUUGUUUGUUUUUGGAACCCAAACAUAAUUCUUUAAUUUUAUUCAUCCCCAAUUGACAGUAUUUGGUCCAUGCUGGAAUGUUAAUUUUUUUUAUAGAUUUAUUUUUUGUUUUACAUUUUACUGUCACACCAAGUGUUGUCAGAAUUUCAUGCACCAACAGUGAAAACCUCUUAAACCACAUUUUUAGUAACUUCUUUUAGUUUGUAAAUCCAUCUGAAUGUAGCCCUCAACCAGCCAUGUCUCCCGCCACCUUGUUUGUAUUUGCAUUAUCAGUAUUUUACGUGGUGCUACAAUUUUAUCUGCAGGUUGUCUACAGCCCAUCAAUAUGUUGCACUUAAAUGUCAAUAAUGUUUAAUUAAUUGAAAUAUUUAGCCAUCAUACAAUAAAAUGUAUUUUGUGAACUUCACUAGGAAAUGUUUACAAGCUCUUUGAUGGUCUUCAGGCCAUCUACUCUGUACACCUAUAUCUUGUAUAUCGAAGGCCCGGCGUAUAUGUAGCAGCCUUGCAAGGUAAACCUUUAAGUCAUUGAAUUUCAUCCCGAGAAAAGUAAUUAAACGGCUCCAGUGUAUAAAAGUCACCACUCCACUCGUACCCUUUCCCUCCCUUUGACUUCUCAUAUCACCAGGGUCACCUCCCAAUUCGUGGUCCCUUUUUUUUAAAGCUGUUAAGACUACUUAUGCAUAACCAUCACUGCUACUGUCCGCCUUACAUUGUUAUGAUAUUGGGCAGCUCUCUUAUACUAUUUACAACUUCCUUUAGACAUGCUAUUAUGGUAAAUGUUGACGGUGAAACCUGUUGAUUGUGAACCCAUCUCUUUGAGAUUCAUGACCUGGCAUGUAUAGUGUUUGGCCGAAAUCUGAAAAUAUAGUCCAUAUUUAAUAUGAAACGUGCCGAACUCUAUUGGUGCUUUCAAAUGUAAAAAAUAAGUACUUGGACUUUUACGAAUGUUGUAUGUUUAAAUUGUAUUUUGUGAAUAGUUGAGUGACUUGGCUGUGUACAUAACAAUUUUAUAUUGUUUAUAAAUAAGUGAAAAUCCCCCAAAAUGUUGUUUGUGAUUGGGAAAUAAAGCAUAAUGCCUUUA